AUGAAUGCCCUGAAGCACAUUAGAAAGCUUUUCGAUGAAUCCGACAUUGGAAACACAUACCGCAACCCUGAAAAAGAUACCGACAACUCGGUACGCCUACUAGACGAUGGAUUGCUGGACACCACACCCCGCGACGAGACGCUGGAGAUAACAACACAAAACCAACAAACCUCCCCCUUCCUCCAUCUCCCCGCCGAACUCAGAAAUCGCGUAUACGACAUCCUAUUCGGCCACCGAUCAAUCCACCUCAAAGACCGUACACCUUCAAAAUACCACCAGACCCCCCGACCCUGCGUCACGCACAUCCGCCCCGUUCAUCCCGACAACGAUGUAUACGGCCCCGGUAUCGAAAACGACCGCACGCGCCAUCCGGGUAAACAAACACAUACAUUCUCCUUACUUUUCGUAAGCCGCCAGAUCUACGAAGAAACCCGCUAUCUCCCCUUCAGCCUCAACACAUUCAGGUACGACGAACGACUCGGGCGACAGACCUGGCUCCGCUCGCUGGCAUCCCGGCUCGCUGUCGUGCGGAAAGUGCGUCUUCAUGUUGAAGAGGAUUGGGGCUUUAACUGUGGAUUAAAGAAAGGUCUGGCCAACGGACUGGAGUUCUUCCCAGGUCUCGAUUAUCUGGAGCUGAUUUGCGGGUAUGACCGGUACAACGCAGGUGGGCUUGACAAGGUACGCAAAUUGGCGAAGAAGACGAAGCAGGACCUGGAGGCGCUAGUCGGCUCCGAGGUCAUAUUGAGGAUUUAUAUCAGGAAGGUUUGUCACAUUCGCGAGUACUAUCUUUUUGAUUUUUACACCUAUUUUCCCUUUAAGCUUUGA